GUGAUAAUCAUGACCACGGUUAAUAUUAAUACACGCAAAAGUCCAAAUGUUCUGAAAAAACAAGGCACUGACCAGUGGGUGAAACUAAAUGUGGGUGGCCAAUAUUUUCUCACAACAAAAACAACACUAUCCCGAGAUCCUAAUUCAUUCUUGUCACGAUUAAUACAAGAGGACUGUGAUUUAAUAUCCGAUAGGGACGAAACUGGUGCCUAUUUAAUAGACAGAGAUCCCAAAUACUUUGCACCGGUCCUUAAUUAUUUACGUCAUGGCAAAUUGGUCCUGGAUGGCGUAUCAGAGGAGGGAGUACUUGAAGAGGCUGAAUUUUACAAUGUGACACAACUGAUAGCAUUGCUCAAAGAAUGUAUUCAUCAUAGGGAUCAGAGACCACAAACAGAUAAAAAGCGUGUUUAUCGUGUACUGCAGUGCCGUGAACAAGAAUUGACACAGAUGAUCUCAACACUAUCCGAUGGCUGGCGAUUUGAACAGCUAAUCAGUGUGGGCACACAAUAUCAAUUAAAUUAUGGUGCAUUUGAUAAUAAUGAAUACCUGUGUGUGGUCUCCAAGGAAUGCGGUACAACUCUGGGCCGUGAAUUGGAAUUAAAUGAUAGAGCCAAAGUGCUGCAACAGAAAGGUUCACGCAUACUUGGAAUUUAAAAGCAAAUCAAACAAAUCAAAAUACUGUGCGUUAGUAGAGAAGAGCAAGACACAAACAAUGUUGUACUAUCACCACCACCACCCCGCCACGUCCUCUUUGUCCAUAAUAAAAACCAACAACAACAACACUCC